AUGGAGACUGCACGAGAAGAGGUGGCGCAGGAGAGGGUGGCUGCGUUGGUGCAAGAGAGAGCACCAGCAGGCAGUGGGGUGGUGUUUGCGACGCAGGUGGGCAGUCGGAGCUACAACCUCCAGCGCGAGGACGGCGGCAGCGACGUGGACUUUGCCGGCAUCUACGCUGCGCCCCCCUCCGCCUUCUGGGGUCUUGCCAGGCCGCCCGCCAACCUCGCCAGCGGUGGGGGCGCCAAAGGCGAAGCCGUUGUGGACGUGCAGGUCAACGAGGUGGCCACCUUUGCCAACCUCCUACUCACCGGCAACCCUGCUGCUGUUGAGCUGAUGUGGGCAGAGCCAGAGAAGCAAGGCAGUUGGUGGGCAGUUGGUGGCGAGGGUUCCUCCAGCACCGAAGAGGCGCCGCUGGGAACGUGGGCCUCUCUGCGACAGCACCGCGACCAGUUCCUCUCGCGGCAGUUCGUGAAGCAGUGCCUCGCCUUCGCGCAGGGCCAGAUCAAGCAGGCAGAAACCAAGCCCGAGGCCAACGGCAAGAAGGCACGCCUCAUCAGUUCUCUAAUAGUCUACAAUGCGCUCCGUCUGCUACAGGUGGCGCAUGGCGUGCUGGGUGGCCGAUCGCUGCGGCUGUGGUGGGAGGGCGAGGAGCGUGAGGCGCUGAUGGCCGUGCGACGCGGGGACGUGCCGCUCCCGGAGGCCUUGGCCGCGGCCAAAGACGCCGCCCAGCGUCUCGAUGCGCGCAAGCCGUGGACGGCUCUGCCCGACAAGGCGGACGCCGUCUGGCUCGACGCCUGGCUUCUGGCACUGCGGCAACAACAGCACACGCAGUCACACAGUCGCACGCAGCACUAG